AUGACAGUCGUGAAUUCUACUUCGAGAUCAUCAGUAGCGAUAUCCCCUAACGCCACUUGCGUAGAUAUAACAUGCUCCAGCAGUCAUGUGGCACACAAGGAUCAUGAAUCGUUAGCUUCACCAAAAGCUGUCCCGCAACUGAGCAUAUGUCGAUCCAUUGCCAUCCUCGCAGUUUGCAUCUCAGCUUUCAUUGUCAACAACUCGUCUCAAUUAGCCAUCAACGUGAUCUUGCCAGUCAUUCAACGCGAACUCGGUGGUUUCGCAUUAGGCUACGGAAGCUUUUUACUCCUGUCAGGUCGGUUAGCUGAUAUUUAUGGCCACAAGCUUUUCCUUCAAAUCGGUCUCUUUAUCUUUGCAAUAUCUUCACUUGCCAGUGCACUUGCCCGUACAUCAAUCCAAUUAUCAAUCUUCAGAGCCGCAAUGGGCCUCGGCUCCGCCGUUAGCGCACCUGCACUUCUUGGAGUUCUAGGCAGGAGUUUUGAAGUGGGUUCGCAGAUUCGCAUAAUCGCGUAUGCUGCCUUUUCGGCUGGUGCACCGCUUGGAUCAGCCAUGGGGCUACUUGUCGGUGGAUUUAUUGUUGAGAGGACGGCGCUUCAUUGGAGAUCUAUUUCACCAAAAACUAACAUUUCUAUGUGGCAGUUCUUCUAUUUCUGUCUGGCUUUCUCAACACUUGUGAUGAUUUUGGUCACAUUUAUCAUUCCAGCAGAUGAUGUCCAACAGAAGAGCAGCACCGUGGAUUGGAUUGGAGCAGGAUUAAUUAUCCCGGGUUUAGCAAUGCUCAUAGUAUCACUCGCAACAGCUAGUGAUAGCGGUUGGGCAUCAGGAGAAGUAUUGGGACCAUUCUUUGGCUCUUUGAUUUUCUUGAUUGGCUUUGUGGCUUGGGAAUCAUACCUGGAGCGACAUGAAACUAGAUGGGGAGAUCCAUUGAUGAAACUAUCAAUGUUUAGACGGGAAUGUUUUGGGGUUUUGCAAUGUAUAGCUGCAUUACUUUGGUUUGGAUUUGUGGAUGCCAAUUAUUUUUUGAAUAUCUUUUUUGAAGAAUAUUUGGAAUUGGACUUGACCGAGACUGUGGUCCGAUUCAUACCUAUGCUUGUUGUCGGAGUUUUGUUGAAUGUGAUUGUGGGUUUCUUGAUUAAAAAAUGGCCGGCUCAGAUUCUUGUCAUGAUCGGUUGCGCGGGCACAAUGAUAUCUUGCCUGCUUAUGGCUAUCGCAGACCCUGAAUCGAGUUAUUGGGGUUACAGCUUUCCAGCAAUAGCGCUUUCCGUUGUCGGUGCAGAUUUUGUGUUUGCAGUAGGUACAAUGUAUGGAGCCAAAAUCGCUUCGAAAGAUGAACAAGGUGUAGCCGGUGGAAUCUUUCAAACCUUUUCACAGAUCGGAAGAGCUAUUGGUUUAAGUAUCUCCACUAUUGUUCAAGUAGAAGUGACCAAAUCUGAAGGUCGGAUCUACGGUGUGGAAGUGGGAUCCGAGCUUCAUGAUGCACCAAGGCAUAUUUUCUUGUACGGAAUCAGGGCAGGAUUAUGGACUUGUUUUGCUAGUGUGGCUUUAGCUACCCUUCUAGCCGCAACCUGUUUAAAUAAAAUGGGAUAUGUCGGCAAAGAACAAGGAACGUCUACAUUGAAGCCUCAACAAGAGACGUCAAGAAACAAGGAAGAUGGAUCAGAGCUUGCAUGA